AUGGGCUGGAAGCCCUCGGGCGGCGGCGACACCUUCACACUCGACCGUGGCGACAUCACACAGGCACAGUGGAGUAGAGCAGCACGAGGCUACGAGUUGAAAGUGUACUCGCGCAAAGCUGGCGUCAUACAGCUAGAUGGUUUCCAGCAAGAGGACUUCGACCGUGUGGCGCGAUCCUUCAAGAACUACUACAGCAUCAACGUCGAGAGCAAGGAGCAUGCACUACGUGGCUGGAACUGGGGCAAGGCGGAAUUUGGAAAGGCGGAGCUUUCAUUCAACGUGCAGAGUCGACCAGCCUUUGAAGUACCGUACAGCGAGAUCUCCAACACGAAUCUAGCGGGCAAGAAUGAAGUUGCGGUCGAGUUCUCUCUGCCAGCGAACGGCGAGGACACGGGCACCAACGGACACCUUGGAGGCGCGCGAGGACGGGGCAAGAAGGCAGGUGGCGCAGUAGACCAACUGGUGGAGAUGCGUUUCUACAUUCCCGGAACCGCCGCCACGAAGAAGGAGAAGAAGGAGGGUGGUGAGGAUGCUGAAGAUGGCGAGGAAGUCGAGGAAACCAAUGCGGCACAGCUCUUCUAUGAUACCCUCAUGGAGAAAGCUGAGAUUGGGGAGGUCGCCGGCGACACGUACUCCACGUUCCUAGACAUUUUGCACCUGACGCCCAGAGGACGAUUCGAUAUUGACAUGUACGAGAACUCCUUCCGGUUACGUGGUAAGACGUACGACUACAAGAUUCAAUAUGAGUCGAUCAAGAAGUUCCUGCUGCUACCGAAGCCGGACGAUCUGCAUACGCUCAUCACCAUCGGACUGGAUCCUCCUUUACGGCAAGGCCAGACCAGGUAUCCGUUCUUGGUUAUGCAGUUUAAGCGGGAUGAAGAGAUCACCCUGGAGCUAAACAUGACUGACGAGCUUCUGGAAGAGAAGUACAAGGGCAAGCUCCAGACACGAUAUGAAGCACCCGUUGCCCAAGUCAUUGCAUCGGUCUUCCGUGGGUUGACUGGCAAGAAAGUCAUCACGCCUUCCAAAGAGUUCAGCAGCCACCACCAACAGUCCGGCGUGAAAUGCUCCAUCAAGGCGAACGAAGGCCACCUUUUCUGCCUGGACAAGAGUUUCAUGUUCGUGCCGAAGCCAGCUACAUAUGUGUCGUUCGACAGGAUCCAGCUCAUCACCUUGUCUCGAGUUGGUGGCGCAGUAUCUGCGAGUCGCACAUUUGACAUCACAAUCACGCUGAAGAACGGCGAAGGCGAGCACCAAUUCAGCAACAUCAACCGCGAGGAACAAACGCCUUUGGAGAACUUCUUCCAGACCAAGAACCUUAAGUUCAAGAACGCGAUGCUUGACGAGUCGGGCGCGUUACUAGCCGCAGCCCUACAGGACAAUGACGACCUUGCCUCCAGCGAAGAAGAAGCAGUGCAAGCCGCUCGAGGCUCCGCGGACGAGGACGAUGAGAGCGUAGACGAGGACUUCCGGGCCGAUUCGGACAGCGACCCUGCUGAAGAGUACGAUUCAGCGCAUGAGAGUAGCGGUGGGAGCGACGAGGAGAUGGCAGAUGCGGACGCGGAAGGGGAGAGUGAGCCUGAGCCUGAGCUGGUGGAACGGCCAAAGAAGAAGGCUAAGCUCAACAAGUGA